AGCGAAAACCUCUAAAUUGCUCUAGUGCACAAUCAUUCAUCUGUUUUUAAAAGAACUACUACAAUAUAACAUUAUAGGUAUUCGGAGACGGAGAGGAUAAUAUGGAUUUUAGUGAAGUAUUUAAAUAUUCUGGUAUUUGUAAAUUUUCGCCAAAUGGAAAAUACAUUGCCAGUUCAUCAGGAUAUAGGCUAGUGAUUAAAGAUGUAGAGUCUUUACAAGUGUUGAGAAUUUAUACUUGUUCGGAUGUAAUUUCUCAAAUUGAAUGGAGUGCUGAUAAUGAAUUUAUUCUUUGUGCUCAAUAUAAAAGAGCUUGUGUUGAGGUUUGGAGUAUUAGUGAUAACACUUGGAAAUGUAAGAUUGAGGAAGGUCCAGCAGGAGUAAGCUAUGCAAGAUUCUCUCCAGAUUCAAGACAUGUUCUUGUUACUGCUGAUUUCCAAUUAAGAAUUACAAUUUGGUCGAUAUUGAAGAAUAAUUCCUUAACUGAUAAUGAUGAAUUUUCGGGACACGUUGCACAUAUCAAAUACCCUAAAUUCACUUCUAAAGGAAUAGAUUUUACUCCAAAUGGAGGAAAGUAUAUGGCACUUGCUGAAAGAAGAGAUUGUAAAGAUUACAUUUCAAUAAUUGUUACAGAAACUUGGGAAUUAGUUAAACAUUUUCCUGUGAGGACAAAGAACCUUGCUGAUUUGAAAUGGUCUCCUGAUGGUAGAUUCCUUGUAGUAUGGGAUCAUCAAAUCGAAUACUCAGUCACAAUAUAUUCGCCAGCAGGAUCAGAGAUUGCUCACUACUCUGCAUAUAACGAUUUAUUGGGUGUCAAAAGCGUUAAAUGGUCACCAAAUGGACAGUUGUUGUCUAUUGGCAGUUUCGAUCAAAAGGCUAGAAUACUCAAUCAUCUAACAUGGAAAUUGACAGCAACAUACGAUCACGGUACACCUGUAUCAAUAGAAACUCAUCCAAAUAAUCCAGUAGUUUUCCAAGAAGUCGAAUUUGUUGGAACAAACAAGUCUGCAUCUCACAGCAAAACAAGAUAUGUUAUUGCUGAGCUGCCUGUCAAUUUGAAAACUGUUAAGGCUGUCGAUUAUAAGAAGGCUAAUCCUCAGGAAGGCGUUGGAUUGAUGGAUUGGAGUUGUGAUUCAAAAUAUUUCUUUACUAGGAAUGAUAGCAUGCCAAAUGCAUUAUGGAUUUGGGAAACUAGCAAACUUUCAUUAUGUUCACUUAUAUUACAAACACAACCAAUUAGGUAUGCACAAUGGGAUCCAGUUCAUGUUAGAUUGGCCAUUUGUACAGGAAAUGGAAAAAUUUAUAUUUGGUCAAGAGAAGGAUGCUCAUGUGUUGAUAUUCCAAGUGCCAGCUUUAAUGUACAAAACUUUAAAUGGAAUAGUGAUGGUGAGUCCAUGUUAUUAAUGGACAGUGCAGCAUUCUGUGUAUGCUAUCCUUCAAUAGAAUCAUGCUAACUUGUAAAAAAACUAAUCUGUGUUGUUUGAAAAAUCAAGAUUAAAUGAAAACAACUUUUUU